AAAUUAAACAGAUUCCAGUUCUUCACAAUAUGGCCCCAUUAAGCACUACAAUGAGCUGUUGAAAAAAAGCACUAAAAUGAGCUGUUGAAAAAAAAGGAGUAGUGCACAAAAAGAAAGUAAAGAAUAGACAUAAAGCUAAAAAUUAUACUUUUUUUUAUUGUCUCAAUUAUUUUGGAAUCUUUGUUUUUUGGGAGUAAAGAAAAGAGAAUUGCUUUGCUUCGUUCAGUGAUUAUUCUUGUUUGUGAAUUACUGUUAGCGUUCAACAGGUUAUCGAUCAUUCUUGUUUGCGAAUUACUGUUAGCAUUCAACAGAUUUCAGAAAUGGAGGUUGUCGUUGCAAUUGGUGAUGCUUUUCUCUCUUCAGCUUUCGAUGUUCUCAUUGAUAGGCUUGCUCCUGAGGGUGAUCUUCUCAAAAUGUUUCGGAAGCGUAAGAAUGAUGUUGAGCUCUUAAAGAAGCUGAAAUUGACUUUGCUUGGUCUUCAAGCUGUGCUAACUGAUGCAGAGAAUAAGCAGGCAUCAAAUCAAUUUGUGAGAGAGUGGCUUAAUGAGCUUCGACAUGCUGUAGACUCUGCUGAAAACUUGAUUGAACAAGUCAAUUAUGAAGCUUUGAAGCUUAAGGUGGAAGGUAAGCAUCAAAAUCUUGCAGAAAAAAUAUUGAAACAUUGUAGAUUUUGCAACGUGUGCUUGAGUGAUCAUUCUUUUCUUAACAUAAAUGAAAAGAUGGAAAGGACUAUUGAAACAUUGCAGAAUUUGCAAAAUCAAAUUAGUGACCUCGGCUUACAGAAACAUUUUGGUUUGACUAAACAAGAAACUAGAACACCUUCAACUUCUUUGGUUGAUGAAUCUGAUAUCUUUGGUAGGCAGAAGGAAAUAAAGGAUUUGAUUGACCUUUUAUUGUCUGAAGAUGCAAGUGGACGAAACCUGACUGUAGUUCCCAUUGUUGGAAUGGGCGGUGCAGGUAAGACAACACUAGCUAAAAAGGUUUACAAUGAUGCCAAGGUGAAGAACCAUUUUGGUUUGAAAGCUUGGUAUUGUGUUUCUGAGGCAUAUGAUGCUUUGAGAAUCACGAAAGGAUUACUUCAAGAAAUUGGCUCAUUUGAGCCAAAGGAUGACGGUAAUUUUAAUAAGCUACAAGUCAAAUUGAAGGAAAGCCUGAAGGGAAAGAAGUUCCUUAUUGUCCUCGAUGAUGUGUGGAAUGAUGACUAUAAUGAGUGGGAUAACCUGAGAAAUGUUUUUGUACAAGGAGAAAUGGGAAGUAAGAUCAUUGUAACUACACGUAAGGAGAGUGUUGCUCAGACGAUGUGUGUUGAUCGUUGCACAAUCACCGUGGGGAAUCUGUCUAGUGAAGACUCUUGGUCUUUAUUCAAACGACAUUCACUAGAAAAUAGGGAUCAUCCGGAACUUGAAGAGAUUGGGAAAAAAAUUGCAAACAAGUGCAAAGGGUUGCCUUUAGCUCUAAAGGCACUUGCUGGUGUUUUACGCGGCAAAUCAGAGGUGGAUGAGUGGAGAAACAUUUUAAGGAGUGAAAUAUGGGAUCAACAAAGUUGUUGGAAUGGUAUAUUACCAUCGUUGAUGUUGAGCUACAAUGAUCUUCCUCCACAUUUGAAGCGAUGUUUUGCUUUUUGUGCGAUAUAUCCCAAAGAUUAUGAAUUCUGCAAAGACCAAGUUAUUUACCUGUGGAUUGCUAAUGGUCUUGUAAAGCAGUUUUGUUUAGGUAAUAAAUACUUUGACGAGUUGAGAUCAAGAUCGUUGUUUGAAAGGGUCCCAAAAUCAGAAUGGAAAUCGGAGGGAUUCGUAAUGCACGACCUUAUCAAUGAUUUGGCCCAAACUGCAUCUUCAAAACAUUGUAUUAGGUUGGAAGAGAACGAAGGAUCUGCUAAUAUGUUGGAACAAAGUCGGCACAUGUCCUAUUCCAUGGGAGAAGAUGGUGACUUUGAGAAAUUGAAACAACUCUCCGAAUCAGAGCAGCUGAGGACAUUGCUUCCAACCACUGACUGUUACUUUCUAUGUCUAAGCAAGAGGGUGUUGCAUAACAUACUGCCAAGACUGACAUCCUUAAGGGCAUUGUCAUUGUCAUGUUAUGUGAUUAAGGAGUUACCAAAUGACUUGUUUAUCAAAUUAAAGAUCCUCAGAUUUUUGGACCUUUCUCGGACAGAGAUUGAAAAGUUGCCAGAUUCCAUUUGUGUCUUGUAUAACUUGGAGACACUUCUCUUGUCAUCUUGUCGAUAUCUUGUGGAGCUACCGCUGCAGAUGGAGAAGUUGAUCAACUUGCGUCAUCUUGACUUAAGCAACACUUCUGGCUUGAAGAUGCCACUACAUCUGAGCAAGUUGAAAAGUCUCCAAAUGCUAGUGGGAGCCAAGUUUCUUGUAGGUGGUAGCGGUGGUUUGAGAAUGGAAGAUUUGGGUGAAGUACAUAACUUGUAUGGAUCUCUAUCAGUUUUAGAGUUGCAAAAUGUAGUUGAUAGAAGGGAAGCCGUGAAGGCAAAUAUGAAAGAAAAGGAACAUGUUAACAAGUUAUCUUUGGAGUGGAGUAGAGGUAGUUCUGCUUACGAUUCUCAAACUGAAAGAGAGAUACUUGAUGGGCUACACCCAUACACAAAUAUAAAACAAUUAAAAAUCAUGGGAUAUAGAGGGGCAAAAUUUUCAAAUUGGCUUGCUGAUCCUUUGUUUCUUAAGCUAGUGAAAUUGUCUCUUAGCGACUGCAAGGACUGUGAUUCUUUGCCAGCACUAGGACUACUCCCUUGUUUGAAAAUCCUUUUAAUUAGAGGGAUGCAUGGAAUAAGAGAGUUGACGGAAGAAUUCUAUGGCAUUUCAUCCUCUAAAAAGCCUUUUAACUCUCUUGAGAAGCUCGAAUUUGAAGAUAUGGCGGAGUGGAAGCAAUGGCACGUACUAGGAAGCGGGGAGUUCCCUAAACUUGAGAAGCUUUCAAUUGAAAAUUGUCCGGAAUUGACAGGGAAGUUGCCUGAAAAUCUUUGUUCUCUGACUGAAUUGAAAAUUUCAGGAUGUCCUCAACUCAAUUUGGAUAGAUCCCAACUUGAGGGAAUGAAGCAGAUUGUUGAAUUAUCUAUACGUGAUUGUAACUCUGUUACCUCCUUACCUUUUAGCAUACUUCCCAGUUCCUUGAAGAGAAUAUCCAUAGGAAAUUGUGAGAAAUUGAAAUUGGAGGAGGCAGUUGGUUAUAGUAACAUGUUUCUCGAGGAAUUGCAACUGCGAAAAUGUGAUUGUAUAGAUGAUAUAUCACCUGAGUUUCUCCCAACAGCACGUAGAUUGAGUGUAGAGGAUUGCCACAACGUUACUAGGUUUUUGAUUCCUACUGCCACUGAAAGUCUCACUAUUCAGAAUUGUGAGAAUGUUGAAAUACUUUCGGUGGCAGUUGACUCUGCGAUGACAUAUUUGGAGAUUCGGAAUUGUGAGAAGCUGCAAGAAAUACAUCUCUUCAAUUUACAAGUCCUUAAGAUGAGUAAUUGCAAGAAAGUAGUGAACGGCCGAAAGGAGUGGUGUUUACAGAGACUCACUGAGUUAGUGAUCUGUCAUGAUGGCAGUGAUGAAGAGAUCCAACAUUGGGAGUUGCCUUCCUCUAUCACAAGACUUACCAUAAAGAAUCUGAAAACAUUAAGCAGCCAAGUUCUGAAAAGCCUCACCUCUCUUCAAUAUCUAUGUGUUGAGGGUAAUAUACCGUCACUGGUGGGACAAGGUUGGCUUCCCUCCUCUCUUUCUGAGCUACAUUUAGGAUACAAUGAUGAGCUCCAUUCACUACAUCUUUCACACCUCACUUCACUUAUAUAUCUACACAUCAGAAAUUGCCCUAAGCUCCAAUCACUCUCCGAAUCAGCACUGCCCUCCUCCCUCUCUCACCUGGAGAUCUACCAUUGCCCUAAUCUCCAAUCACUCUCCGAAUCAGCACUGCCCUCCUCCCUCUCUCACCUGGAGAUCAACCAUUGCCCUAAUCUCCAAUCACUCUCCGAAUCAGCACUGCCCUCCUCCCUCUCUCACCUGACCAUCAGAAAUUGCCCUAAUCUCCAAUCACUCUCCGAAUCAGCACUGCCCUCCUCCCUCUCUCACCUGACCAUCAUCGGUUGUCGUAAUCUCCAAUCACUCUCCGAAUCAGCACUGCCCUCCUCCCUCUCUCAGCUGAACAUCUCCAACUGCCCUAAUCUCCAAUCCCUUUUAGUAAAAGAGAUAACCUCUUCCCUCUCUAAACUACAUAUUAGGAGAUGCCCAUUGCUCGAACCACUACUGGAAUUUGACAAAGGGAAAUACUGGCAAAAUAUUGCUCAAAUUCCCAUCUUAUACAUCAAUGAUGAAUGGCUGUGAUGAUUAAGACGAAUGGCUAUCCAACUGAUCGUGGAAUGUCUUUUGCUCAAUCCACUUGCACUAAUAAAUGUUGAUUGGGAGAAUCUGUAACGAUUAUCACCCGAUAAAUUAUGGAGUUUGUGACCUCCAAGUUGUGCAGCCAUAUACUAUGACUUCCUUGAGAUGAAGCAUGACUUGCUGCAAAUGGAACCCAAAGGAUUUUGACAAGGCUCCGUGAUCAUUUGGGAAGUGAGAAGUGAGAAGGUCUUUUUGUUCAAGUCGAGAAGUGAAAGUUGUUGAACCAUGUAUGUAAUAGCUUGUAUUGUUAACUUAGUUUUUAAUUUUACUUUUUUUUUCAUUUUCGAAGCACUCUCUUAAACUUUUAAAUUGAUUCCAGUAGAUAAGAUGUUA